GUUCCCGUGGCAACGGGCGGGCCGGUGGCGGGCGGCCGCAGCCUGGCGGCGGCAGCGCUGACCGGCGGAGCGCGGGCGAGCGGCGGCUGCGGGGCCCGGCGGGGGAUGGGGGCCGCCCCCCCCCCGGCACCAUGCUGCUGGGCAGGAAGCCGGAGGCGCCCCUGGGCGCAGCCAGGUUUGGAGAUGGAUUAUAUGACUCCUAUAUGAGGAUAGAUCAGAUUAGGUACCAAGAGUCUACAAAUGAAGAACUCAGCCCUUCGGGACUUCCUUCCCUUGGAAGACCUAAUAUUUCUAGCAACAAACUUGCAAUGAAGGAUCACCCUCUGACUGGAAGUCAGGUCAAAGUGGAGCAAUUAUUUGAGGACUCUGGCAACAGAAGGAGUAAUGCUCUUCAGUCUGCAGGCAUUACUGGUUCAGAAAGAUCUCUCCCUUCCCUGACAAAAGAUAAAAGUAUAGAGGGAAUAAGCACUUCUAAAGGUGGUGGUAGUUCCUCAAAAGCACAUAAAGCCAUUUCCCAAGCUCCGGAGCAAGCUGUCAAACAGUACAAACAUCAGUUAUCUGCUUAUGAGCAGCAAGAGAUAUUUAAUUUUUCUGAAAUUUACUUUGUGGGUCCAGCUGCAAAAAAGAGGCAAGGAGUGAUUGGCGGUCCCAACAAUGGAGGUUACGAUGAUGACCAAGGCAGCUACAUUCACGUGCCCCAUGACCAUCUUGCCUACCGGUAUGAAGUACUCAAAAUCAUUGGCAAGGGCAGUUUUGGACAAGUUGCAAAAGUCUACGAUCACAAGCUUCACCAACACUUAGCCUUAAAGAUGGUUCGCAAUGAAAAGAGAUUCCAUCGCCAAGCGGCAGAAGAAAUCCGGAUUCUGGAGCACCUGAAGAAGCAGGAUAAAACAGGCAGUAUGAAUGUUAUUCACAUGCUGGAAAGCUUCACCUUUCGGAACCACAUCUGUAUGACCUUUGAACUCUUGAGUAUGAACCUGUAUGAGCUGAUUAAAAGAAAUAAGUUUCAGGGCUUCAGUAUCCAACUGGUGCGCAAGUUUGCUCACUCUAUACUGCAGUGUUUGGAUGCCCUUUAUAGAAACAAAAUCAUACACUGUGACCUGAAGCCAGAAAAUAUCCUCCUAAAACAGCAAGGGAGGAGUGGAAUCAAGGUUAUAGAUUUUGGGUCCAGCUGUUUUGAGCACCAAAGAGUCUACACAUACAUUCAAUCCCGAUUUUAUCGGGCACCAGAGGUAAUUUUGGGCAGUCGCUAUGGGAUGCCCAUAGACAUGUGGAGUUUUGGCUGUAUUCUGGUGGAGCUAUUGACUGGAUACCCUCUUUUUCCUGGAGAGGAUGAGGGAGACCAACUGGCUUGUAUGAUGGAACUUCUUGGGAUGCCACCUCAGAAGCUUUUGGAUCAAUCCAAGCGAGCCAAGAACUUCAUCAACUCUAAGGGCCAUCCUCGCUACUGCACUGUAACUACACACGCAGAUGGAAGAGUGACCCUCAACGGGAGUCGAUCACGCCGGGGUAAAAUACGAGGCGCUCCAGGGAACAAAGACUGGGUGACGGCACUAAAAGGCUGCGACGAUCCCUUGUUUAUAGAAUUCUUAAAAGAAUGUCUCAGCUGGGAUCCUUCCACACGCAUGACUCCGAAUCAAGCUUUAAGGCACCCUUGGAUUUGUAAACGAAUGCCCAAACCACCUAGCACUGAUAAAACCUCCGCUAAACGGAUUUCUAGCUAUACAAGUUCUUUCACAGGAAUAGGUUCCAAGUUGCCCCCCGUAGUUGGAGUGGCCAACAAGCUGAGGGCUAAUUUAACAUCCGACUCCAAUGGCAGUAUACCUCUAUGUACUGUGCUACCCAAACUGGUCAGCUAAUAGUGUUAUGUAUUUCCAGAAUACAUACCUUGUAUUUUAAUUGUUUGUUAAAUAAUGUGUAAGGAAGUUAAAUGCAGAGGUUUUUAAUGGAUUUACUUUUUAUUAGAGGCUAAAUCUUGAAUAUAAAAAGUUCAGUCAAAAUGUACACGUUUAAAGGGCUAAUUUUUCUCCAAUUGUUUCACUUUCAAUGUGGUGCGUAUUACAUUACUGGGUAGGUCAGCCCAGCUGUUGAGUACAAGACAGUUUGGCAGACGAGCUAUCUAAUAAUGCUGUUUUAGGAAUCAAUCUAUUUCUUAUCAGGACAGUUUAACAGAUUCUUUUGCUUAAAAGAGCAAGAGAAGUCAAUUCAAAGUACGUAUUUUCAGUUAAUCUCCAACUGAACUCUUUUUAUUCUGGGGAAAUUUUUACAUCUGUUGUCAAAAGCACAAACGUGUUAAUAUAAUGCAUUAGGAACUUACUUGCAAAUUGCUAACUUAAUGUUUGAAGAGUUUUAUUUCUCUGUGCUGCUUUUCCCUUAUCUAUCCUGACUGAGAUUUUUAAAAUACCAUGGGUUAUAGGCACCAAAGGAGUUUGGUGUUGAAAUUUUAUCAUCUGAGUAUUAUUUUUUUUUCUAAAGGAGUAUAGAAAUGCCAUGAAGUACAGGAUAUAUCUAAAUAAAACUCCUAACUUCUGUACACUUGCUACUUCCCUUAAAAGUUUAUGGAAAGCCAGUAGGGGAAUUCAAGAUCAUAACUGGUCCAUCAUGUGUGGGCCAGUUUGUUCAGGGCUAAUGAAUCAAUCCUAUGUUUCUUUGGAGCUCAAAUUUAAAUCAUCAGUUCUGCCAGGUGUGUGCGUGUUUGUUUUCCUGUGUUGUUCCCAACACAAAAACAUUGAACUUAAAGAGCUGUUUUGCAUCCAUGUUUGACGUUCUGGUCAUUUUACAAAUUAUUUUUUUUGUGUGUGUGUAGAGUGAAUUCCAUUGACUUACAUGGAGCUCUUUUAUUAAAAAGCAAACAUGCCACCCCUAUCAGACAAGUGAAAAUUUUUAAGGCCCAGGGCUGUAACUAGAAAAUGAUGGGGGUGGGGUGGGGUGCUCGCCUAAUAUUUGGAAGCUUGUCUGAACUUGAAGCAUAAAAUGUGAAGUGCCAGGAAAGAUUGAUAAGGUGCAAGAACUGGUAGAUCCAAAUGAAAAUAUGUUAUGGGAAGAAUUGUUUUAUGUCUAGUCGUAUUUCUUCAGGUCUUUGAGAGAGAGAUGCCUACGUUUUCUCAUUCUUUAAAUAUAUGAGCUUGUAUUUCCUCUUCCUUUAUCUUCCAAGAACAUGAAAAGGUGGUGUGACGUGUAAUGACAACAGCACAACUUGUUCGGGUUGUUGCUUCUUGCAGCCACAUGGCCCGAGUCCAUGUGCAAAAACAUCUGAUCUCUUGCCAGGUGCCUGAACACAAUUUUGAAUACAAUUUAGAGCUUUUAUGAACAGAAGGUUUUAAAUUUAACGAGUUUCUCUGUAGCAGUUCUUUUUUCAAUGUUAAAACAAGGAGGCUUUCAGUAUACAAACAAAGGAAUUAUCCAGGUGAUUUUUAAGAUAAGGUGACCAUGUGUUCAGUACAGGACCCUCCCUUUGAGAAGAUGGGGCUGCAUUUUCUCCUCUGCUCUGUUUAAUUACAGCACUGGUGAAAUGUUGGGUGGAGACCUGUAUAAAAAGACACAACCAAAGCUCCAAAUUUUCCAGGACUGUUGUUUGAACUGAGGUUCUCGUGUACAUAGCUUUUCCAAGUUCUUUUGUUUUACAAGUGUAAAUUCAUUGAGCUUAGUAAUAACAUUAAAAUAACAGUCUAACCUUUUUCUGUGCAGCUACAAGUAAUACCAGCGCCUAUGGUAUGUUUAUAGUUCAUGUCAAAAUAAUGUAUGGCUGGUAUUUUUUUAUUUUGCUUGGCUGAAUGAAGUUUUAUUUGAAUGGAGAAUCGGGGAAGUGGAUUUUGGGGGGGAAGUGGCAGAAGAUACUAUUGAUUUUUAGUAGAAUCUCUAAUAGAUGUUGCAAGUUUUCAGAAACCAGAAACAUUCUUCUUCCUCCUCUGUCCUUUACUCUAUGCAUAUUUUUACAAAAUACACCUGUUGAGUGAGGAGAAAGGAACCUUUCAGGAGCAAUACCUUGUUAGGAAAGAUGCAUAGAAAAGCACUUUAUUAUGUAGAGACUGUAAAGUGACGGUAGUGUCUGGAGCCUGGUGGAAGUCGGGCGAGUGUUGGUACGCUAGGAGCUGUACAAACAGGUCUUCUCUUAGGAACACAGAGCAGUAUCUUGGUUCUAAACCGUUUUCAUCAAUAAAUUGCCAAAUGCAGAAUAAUCAUUCUGUGACUUCUGGCAGCUAGUUACUGAGGCAAAUCUAAUGUAACAACAGCCUCUGGUGUAUACGCAAUAAUCUCACUUAAGGUUGGUGCUGUAAAACUGCAGAUAAAGUAAUUGGCUGGCAAGAACGUUGCUUUUUAUAUAGAAAAUUCUUCAGCAUGACCUGACUGCACAAGGUGCCCGUUAUGCAUUGUCUAUGUUUAAGACUGGAUCUUUCUUACCUGGGACUACUAUAUUUUAAAAUCAAGUGCGUAGUUAACUGUGCUGGGGCUCUGUAUAGCCACAGUAGGUGAGAAGGAAAAGGAGGCAGCAUCAGCAGAUUUGUACUAUAUUGAAAAGGACUUCCUCAGAACCCAGGGAAUACAGCUAAGAAUAUUUUGGUCUUAUUUCCAAUUACUAAGCUCCAUUUUCUUUAUAAAAUGUUUGCUUUCAGUCAGUGGUGUGACACGGUAUUCUCGAACUGGGAGAGCCCUCCAAGUGAGCCAGUAGAUCUUGUAUCUGGGAGAGAGCUGAGGAAUCGUCCCUGCAAGCACUUGACUCGCUGAGUUCCCUGUGAAUUGCCCACAGCCGCGCGUGGAGGGCUGGACCGUGGUCUGUGCCACUGGACGGUGUCAUUUAUAAAGGGUGGUCACGGUCACAGUGUCCGUCUCCACUGACGUGCGAUCAAACCUCAAAUUCAUGCUUUGAUUUUUGGAAAGCUAAACAAUAGUGAGGUCUGAAAUCGCCAGAAAUUCACCAUUUUCCUUCAUUGUGGUACUGGUUAGAAUGUUAAAAGUAGUCUAAAGCUAAACCUGUCUAAACAGAGUAACAGAGCAGCUUUUAUUUUUGUGGUAAAUUCGCUUGGCAGAUUUGUUAAUCUGCCAGCACUAGCGAGGUUCCACUGGAACUUCAGUCAUGUUCUCCUAGGAAGUUAGCACAAAACAAAUGCAAAUUACUUGGGUCUACAGCAAAACAGACAUCCCGUUUAUAAAAGUCACCCAAACUUGUUUUAAAAUGUUCCUUAUAAUGUUCCCUCCAUUUUACUAUGCUGUUAGUCUCUGUAUUGUAAAUAACAUGCUCUGUUACUGUGCAUUUUUAGGAACUGUUUGGUUUAGCAGAAUUUUUAUAGAAACGAAUGACAAGGCAGGAGCUUCACAUCUGACGGGUACACAUUGCUUUUAUGCUGGGGUCCAAAUAUCUGCCUGUCCAAGUUGCAGGGAGAAACUUGUUUUUAUUGGGACUCAGCGGACAGUGAAAUAGUCCUCUUCCCUGCGGAACGUAGUACCACAGAUGAGACACCCACCCAAGCUGCCUUUAGUUCUUUGCAGGUUGGAUCUUACUAACGCCGACGGCUGAAUGUGAAGCUUGUUUCACAACAGUGACCUGAUUCUAGAGAUCUGCGUACAACAGAUACUCCUCACUAGAGUGUUUUUUUUAUCCUUCCCAUCCAGCUUGAAUAGGAACUGUAGUUGUCUGGUGACCUAAGAAUUCACCACGGACUAACUGGAAAGCUUUAAAGUGACUUCUGUGGAAGAGUGAGUGUGUUGCUCAAUCUGAAUUUGCUUACAAGUGUUGUGACCUGUUAGGACUUUCAUGCAGUUGAAAACUUUUUAAGCAGCAAUUUUAUCAGUGGAGGUUCUUUGCAAUGGUCAUCCUCUUUAAAACUACCUCCAAAAUAAACCUAGGGUCCUUUUUAAAGGGGUGUUUGCUGCAGACUACAGCGCUUUUUUUUUUUUUUUGCUUUUUUUUUUUUCUCUCUCCUUGUUUAAUACUGAUAGCUGUUUUGGCUGUGAAACAUAUACAUGAUGAUCUCAGCAAUGUCUUACUAAUCCUAGCCAUACAAGCAAAAGGCUGAUUCUGCACCCAGAGAUCUCUGCUGAAAUGAUUGAUACAAAUCCCCUGCCUGCCAAAAUUUAAUACUGUUGUGGAAGUGGAGAGCCGAAAUAACAGGGAAAGAUCUGUGGUACUUCUCUGCAGCACUCAGCUGAGGUUCAACACAAACCGUGCUGAGAGACUUCCAUGAAAAAACCUGUAGCGUUUGCACGUGUUGAGCACUCAGAACUGUGGGUACCUGGCAGUUUUGAAAACUGGACAUCGUGUUGUUAUACCCAGUGCUUAUCACAGAUACCACUUGAUUAUUUUUUUUAUUAUGAGUUUGAUAAGGGUUUGGGGGAAGUGUAUAUGCUUCAGCCUCCCCAUAAAAGAGCCCUUGCAUGUUCUAAAACUCCACUGAUCAUCUCACAGUUUAACUCCUGCUGUAAUGUGUAAAAUCCUUGGGGUCAUCAGAGCAGUCUUGGAUAGGUGAACGUUGUCCCUGUGCUCGCGGAGUGCAGUGACUUUAAUCCAAACCCACUUCUCGCAAACGGGCUAGCUAGGUCAGUAAGUCUGUGUUGCUAAAAGAAUAACCCAUGUUCCCUAUACAUAGUACUGUGCCUUAUUAUUUUACCAGCCGACAUCUGUCUUGGUGCAAUCAAAUUACUAUUCAGGGUUUCUUCUACAUUGCAGAUGUUCAUACUAAAUGUCAAUGUCUGAAAAAUCUACAGGUUAGCCUUUUUAUUGUAAGUAUUGUGAUGAGGUGUAGUAUGGUGGAGAACGUAGAAGACAUUUAAGGUGCAUGUGAAUAUAGCUUUCUGUGAAGGAACACUUUGGAAAUAAGUCAGUCUCAAACUAUGUAUCUAAAUGUAACAAACAGGCAUUUCCUAAAGUUGUAUUUCAGUUAAUUUUUAAAAGAAAAUAAAUACAUAAUUUUCUUUAGCAACAGACUGUGCAGAUUCCUAAAAGGCCUUGAUUUAUUUUUUUUUAAAAAAAGGAUUAAUUAUUUCCAGAUGGUGCAACUUACCUUGUAUUGCCACACUACCUCCUGUAGCAUUUAACUAGAGAAGCAGAAAAUUUUCAGAGUCUUAUGUGACUAGAUGAUUUCAGUGUGUCUACGCUAAACGUGAUGAAUGUUCCGAUCUGACAAAUGUUCUUCUCGUUAAUGGUGCUGUAAUUAGAACAUAUUGAAGUUUUGCCAUGACA